AGCGAGGGGAGGAGGGGCGGCGGCGACGACGACGAGACGGAGCGUUUCCGGGUUGGGGGUGUCGCCGCCGCCGCCGCUUGUGUCUGUCCCGUUCUGAGGCCGCCGCGAUGAAUCGAUUCUUCGGGAAAUCGAAGCCUAAAGUGCCGCCGCCGAACCUCACCGACUGCAUCGGGACGGUGGAUAGCAGAGCUGAGUCAAUUGACAAGAAAAUUAGUAGGCUUGAUGCAGAACUGGUGAAGUAUAAAGAUCAGAUGAAGAAAAUGAGGGAGGGGCCUGCAAAGAAUAUGGUAAAACAGAAGGCUUUGAGAGUAUUAAAGCAGAAGCGAAUGUAUGAACAACAGCGGGAUAAUCUGUCACAACAGUCUUUUAAUAUGGAACAAGCCAAUUACACCAUCCAAUCACUUAAGGACACAAAGACAACGGUUGAUGCUAUGAAACUGGGGGUGAAAGAAAUGAAGAAGGCUUAUAAGCAAGUCAAAAUUGAUCACAUUGAGGACAUACAAGACCAAUUGGAGGAUAUGAUGGAAGAAGCCAGUGAAAUCCAGGAUGCACUGGGUCGUAGUUAUGGAACACCAGAGAUUGACGAAGAUGAUUUGGAAGCAGAACUGGAUGCCUUAGGUGAUGAGCUUUUAGUUGAUGAGGACAGUUCCUAUUUAGAUGAAGCUGCAUCUGCUCCAGCAAUUCCAGAAGGCACCCCUACUGAUGCAAAAAACAAGGAUGGUGUAUUGGUGGAUGAAUUUGGACUGCCACAGAUCCCUGCUACAUAAACAUGCAUUUUUAGAGCACAUUGGAAAUGGCAAGUUACUUCUUACAAAUCAAAUUAGCAAAACAGUUUUUGAAAUCCUGGAAAACUUGCCUUUUCAGUAUAACCUUAAUAUCACUACAUCUUAAAAUGCAAUAUGAAUGGCUGGUGGUGUUUCCUUUCUUGGAAGAAAGUUGAUAUACUAUUGACUUUUCUAUUAGAGGAGUAAAAUUGGCACAAUUUCCUUCAGUGGAUGCAUUCAGUCUACUAGGUUUUGAGUAUCCGGUGUUUUAUGGAAGAAGUAGUACAUGAAAAAUAGUGGUGGCUGUUAAUAGUUGAGCUUUGUCUUGAUUUGAUUUGUAUUACAUUUCUGUUUUCUGAAACAAACUAAGGCUAUGUGGCUGCUUACCUUCUGUAAGAUAGCUUCCUUAUUACUUACUGUACUGAUUUAAUAACCAAUGGAUGCAUUUUUAAGAAUACUUCAGUUCUGAGACUUGAUAUUGUAUUUGUAACUCUUAAUUAUAACUGUAACAAAUAAAUAUAUACAAAGGUUAUCUUUAACCUUAUGUAUUCCAUUUUGACAUAAAAGUUUAUACCAUAGAGUAGCUUAUCCUCUUGUGUGGUGUUUUUGGUAGUAGUUUUAACCUGUCCCUUGUUUCCAUCAGUGUCAUUCAGCAUUUGAGCAUGGGCCCUCCCUUGACAUGCUUAGUCUAAAGCUGGAGGUUGGUUAUGAUCCUCAAGUUCCUCCACCCUUUCACAUAUCUCCCUCUUGGAAUUCUAAAAUAACAUUUCUUUAAGACCAUUGCUACUGCUGUGCUUCUCCUCUUGUCAUGAGUCAGGGCAUUUCUACUUUCUCUAUUAUUGCUCUAUAGAAUGUCUAGCAAAAAGUGGUUAUAGAACAAACGGCCAUCUCCCUUUCUUUGGACCCAUUGGCCAGAAGAGUGAGAGUACUCUCAAACUCAGAUCUCCUCUACUGAAGGUUGUAUUGCCAAAUCUUGUAACAGACUGUCUUUCAGUCUGGCCCAGAUAGUUUUCCACUUUUAUCAGGAAUGAAGUAUACAAAUGUUUGCUGUACAGAAACUGAAACUUAUUUAUGCUUAAUAAAGAUAUUUUUCCAACAUAAA